GGACAGCCAAUAGCGAUUUUCCUUACUGAGGAGUUGGCAACACUGACGCGGAAGUAUUAUUGUGCACCUGCAGUAGAUGAGAGCGGAUGUUCUAACAGACCAACAUCUGCCUGUGUCUCCUCCACUAAAACCAGCAGAGAUGUCCCAGCAGCUCCAGUAAAGCCCAUCAGAAGCAGCAGACAGGAGAUGACUUUGUGUUCACCGCUCCGUUCGCUCUAGUGUCUCUGAAGCAUCAGGAUGCAGAUCCUGGUGGCCAAGCUGCUUGGCCUGCUGGGCUUGUUCGGCCUUAUGCUGGCUGGUGUGCUGGUCCCAGUACGUCUCCUGCUCGUUGACUGUGAUAGAGCACAGAGAUACAGGAGGCCAUUGUCUCUGUGCAAUUCAUUUGGAGGGGGCGUGUUCCUCGCAACAUGCUUCAAUGCUCUGCUUCCUACUGUCAGAGAUAAGGUGGUCGAUGUGUUCCAGCAGCUGAAGAUCAGCAGCGAUUAUCCUCUGGCUGAAACAAUGAUGAUGCUCGGCUUCUUCCUCACCGUCUUUAUAGAGCAGGCUGUCCUCACCUUCAGGAAGGAGAAGCCAUCCUUCAUCGACCUCGAGACUUUCAACGCCGGCGGCUCCGAGGCCGGCAGCGACUCUGAGUAUGAUACCCCUUUUAUCUCCUCAGCACGGGGCUCACCGAGCAACGGCGGUCACCGCUCCCACGGCCACCACCACGGACACUUCAACCCGGCCGAGCUGGCGGGGGCGGGGCCUCUGCGGCUGGUCAGCUUGGUCCUCGCUCUGUCCGCACACUCCGCAUUCGAGGGCCUGGCGCUCGGCCUGCAGGAGGACGGGGCCAAGCUGGGCAGUCUCUUUCUGGGCGUGGCUGUGCAUGAGACACUGGCAGCCAUCGCCCUUGGGGUGAGCGUAGCUAAGGCAUCUCUCGGCAUGAAGGACGCCACCAAGCUGGGUGUGACAGUCAGCAUGAUGAUUCCGCUGGGCAUGGUGGUGGGAAUGGGCAUCGAGUCGGCUCAGACGCUGGCGGGCAGCAUAGUGUCCGUGGUGCUGCAGGGACUCGCUGCCGGAACCUUCCUGUUUGUUACCUUCUUUGAGAUCCUCACCCGGGAGCUGGAGGAGAAACAGGACCGGCUGCUCAAAGUGCUUUUCCUCAUCAUCGGCUACGCCGCACUCGCUGCUCUCGUCUUCAUCAAGUGGUGACAGACACCCAGCGAUGCCAAACUACACUAAGAGUUCACUUUAAUGAAGCAAUCAGUUGUGGGAGGCGGGAACAUGUGGCGUUUCUGUU